CUUCUUGGUCUCACUUUAUUCUCUUCAGUCAUUUCGAUUUCGAAGCUUAGCUUAAUUUGAUACUCAAAUCGAGUCUGUUUAUUGUCUAUUGCUUUUCCUUUUGUGGUUAAUUCAAGGGUGGCAUUUUUGCUUUUCCCUGAUUGUGUGCUGAGACUUUGUUGGUAAAUAUUCAGAAGCCCUUAAUCCUGACUUUUGAGAAGUUUUCCGUUGUCUGCGGUUGCCUUGGCGAUUUAACUGAGUGUUAUCCAGUGGUUUUCUAUGUUGUGGGUAUAGUUGCCGAACUAGAUUGGUCGAAUCAACUCUCUAAAAGUGUUCAUGGAUGACUGGUAAAAUGGCAUUUUUCUGGUCUGUUGGAAUUUUGGUUUGGUGCUGGAGUUCUAUCCAGACGAGAAUCUAGAAUGCUUCUACCUGGCUUUUUUUUUUUUUUUUGCCUUUUUAAAUAAUUAUCGGUUGAGGUUGUACUACACUUCACCUUAUCUCUGUAAUGUUGUAAAACUGUUUGAAGUUCUCUUUUUAGGUAGCCAUAUGUCAUUUUGUUUUAGCGGGAUAAAUUGUGGAAGCUUCCAGGAAACGAUGUUUUUAUACGUGUUCGGAGUCUGAUGGUUCGUUACGUUCAGGCUAAGGUCGUUAAAAGAUUUCCCCUCUCUUUAAAUUAUCGUAAGCUCUUAAAGUGGAUCACCUCUUCCUUUGCUCAUGCUCGAUCCCAUUGCUGCCUAGAAGUUCCUAGACUUUAAAAAAUUUAAGGAAUCGGAGAACAGUGCUUUGCAUGCAAAUCGUGUAAUCAUUGCUUUUAGACCCAUCAAGUACUGGGGAAAAAAAAAACUAAAAUCAAAGCAUUAACUUAAAUUAGUAACCAAGAUGAGGGGAAAAUAAUUUGCAUAGGGAAAAUCUGCUAGAGCUUGCAUUUAUGAGGGUGACUUCUAUUCUUGCAUCUCUUCUAGUGAAGCCAUGCUUGUUUCUAAUUAUUUUCUCCAGAGACAGGUCCUUGUAGUUCGGCAAGAGUAUCAGUAUACUAUCGCCUUGGCUUUGCUUCUUACCAUCUAAUGACUGACAUAUUGUGAUCUGUGAUGAUUGAUAUGGGGUACUGAUGUUCUUACAAGACCUGCAUUGGAAUUAUGUAAAGAAGGGUGCUGGGAGACUUUAAAAUUAGUGUCUGGGGACUGCAAGGGAGAGCAAACAAGACUAUGUCAAAUAGCAGAAACACUCAUUGGUGUUAUAGUUGCAGGAGGCCAGUUCAGCUGCGGGGGCGAGAUGUGGUUUGCCCUAAUUGUAAUGAGGGAUUUAUUCAAGAACUUCAUGAUAUGGUCAUCAACCCACUGGAAUUCUUUGGACUAGACAAUGUUGAAGAGCGUGACCGGAGGUUCAGAAUUAUGGAAGCCUUCUCUGCUUUUAUGAGGCAUCGACCAGUAAAUAGAAGCCAUAGGCAUGACAUCGUAGUUGGAUCAGAUUCAAUUCCUGAACAUGGACCAGGGUAUGCUCCUUUGCUGCUCUUUGGUGGCCAGAUUCCUGUCAGAUUGUCUGGACAUGGUGGUUUCGAAGCUCUUUUCAAUGGGACUCCUGGAAUUGGUCUAAUGCAAGGCAAUACAGGCGAUUAUUUUAUUGGUCCUGGACUGGAAGAACUGUUCGGACAGCUUUCAGCUAAUGACAGGCGAGGUCCUCCUCCAGCUUCCAGGUCCUCAAUAGAUGCAAUGCCUACUAUUAGAAUCACACAUAAGCUUCUUCGUUCAGACUCACAUUGUCCAGUAUGCCAAGAUAAAUUUGAGCUGGGGUCAGAAGCAAGGCAAAUGCCAUGCAAACAUAUAUAUCACUCUGAUUGUAUUGUUCCCUGGUUGGUACAGCAUAACUCCUGCCCUGUUUGUCGCCAGGAGUUGCCACCACAAGGAUUGAGCGGCAACCGUGGCUCCAAUGGUAGAACUAGAGGCAGUUCUGGCAGUAACAAUGGCAAUGAAAGGGCAAGUGGUAGGGAGAACCAGGGAAGGCGGAACCCAUUCUCCUAUUUUUGGCCUUUUCGUUCAUCCAAUUCUAGCAACAAUGGAGCAGGGGGAAGUAGCUCACCAACACAGCCUAUCCCUGAGAAUAGCCACCACACCGGCUAUUCCGGCUGGCCAUUUGAGUAAGUGCGCUGUGUAUGGGAUUUGCUUCUCUCCCUCCUUAUCAUUGAAAUUGCAUAUGUGGAGUAAUAAGUGGUUCUUCUAAAUGCAUCAAAUGAUGAGACUUUAGUCAGCCAGUGUGGGUUCUCCUGUUUUUAAGGUGAGUUGUGAAAAAAUGUGUGUUCUAAACCAGGCGUGAAGAUCUUGUAUAAAUCUGCGCUUUUCUAUAAAUGAUUCAUUGUCGAAAGAUUCCAUUUAAGUGAUCAUUUGUUUCAAA